AUGGCUUCCGUGCAUUUUCCCGGGGAUAAUAACAACCUUGAGGUGCCAAGUGAUAUCCAGGAGGUCCCCAGUAAUAUAUCUAAACCGACCAAGCGACAAAGAUGGGCAACCACGCGCCAGACUGGUUCCGGCGGCAUGCGGAAACGAGUCUCCAUCAUCGAUCGUUUCCACAAACGUUCGGAGAUCAGAGAUGAGAAGCGAAAGUCCAACGCGACAAGCUCAGCAGGCGAUAACGCUUCAACUGUGGGCGACGGACAAUCGGAAGGAAACGAGAACCGAACGAUCUACUUCAACAUCCCGAUCCCUGAAUCCGAACGAGACGAAGAAGGACAGUUGAAGCAUGCUUAUCCACGAAACAAGAUUCGAACUGCCAAGUAUACCGCGCUCACCUUCGUUCCGAAGAACGUCUUCCUGCAGUUCCACAAUAUCGCCAAUAUUUAUUUCUUGUUCGUCAUUAUUCUUAAUUUCUUCCCUAUUUUCGGUGCCAAUAAUCCCGGUCUUAACGCUGUUCCCUUGAUCGUCAUUAUCGUGGUAACUGCAAUCAAAGACGCAAUCGAGGACUGGGGGCGAACUGUUUCCGACACUCAAGUCAACAACUCACCGGUAUAUCGACUGAUUGAAUGGACAAAUGUCAAUUCGACCGAGGACAACAUUGGGCCAUGGCGUCGCUUCAAGAAGUCAUGCACUCGCGGUGUGAUCACCUCAUACAAGUGGAUCAAGACUCAAUUCAAGAAGGGCGAAGACACGGAAGAUGAGGAUACCGCCCGACGGGAUUCAUUCAUGACUACGGCAACACCGCGCCAAUCUGGAAUGUACUCGCACCGCAACUCAUUGGCCGGCGAGGUUGCCAUUCAAAUGACCGAUGUUCCAUCGCCUCAACCUGAAGCCCGUGAGGAUUGGCCGGUCGCAAGCAACACCGAAAACAAAUUCCUUUCCCCUGACAGCGCCAACCGCGAGAACCUGAUGUCUCCAACAAAUCCCGACAAGAAAACAGGGUCUGUCGUCGACAUGUCCAAGCAGACCACUGGUAAGGGACGGUUCAAGCGGGACACAUGGAAAAACAUCCAAGUCGGUGAUUUUGUUCGUUUGUACAACGAGGACCCCAUUCCCGCCGAUAUCGUGAUUCUGUCCACCUCCGACCCCGAUGGAGCCUGCUACGUUGAAACUAUGGGUCUGGAUGGUGAGACCAACUUGAAGGUUCGUCACGCUCUUCACUGCGGUCGCCAGGUUCGUCAUGCCCGCGACUGCGAAAAGGCCGAGUUUACCAUUGAGAGCGAGGCACCACACCCCAAUCUGUACGCCUACAACGGUGCGAUUCGUUGGGACCAGCGCGAUCCGAACCAUCCCGAGGGCCCCCGGAAGGAAAUGGUCGAACCCAUCACCAUCAACAACAUGCUGCUUCGUGGCUGCUCCUUGCGCAGUACCGAAUGGGUUCUUGGUGUCGUCGUCUUUACCGGUGGAGAGAGCAAAAUCAUGCUCAACUCCGGAGCAACCCCUGCCAAGCGUGCCCGCCUGGCGAAAGAUUUGAACUGGAACGUUAUUUACAACUUCAUCAUCCUUUUCAUCAUGUGUCUGGUCGCGGGUAUCGUGAACGGUAUUGCGUGGGCCGCUCCAGACAAGUCGCUGGAUUUCUUCGACUACGGGUCUUACGGAGGUACUCCUCCUGUGACUGGUAUUGUGACCUUCUGGACGGCUGUCAUUUUGUUCCAGAAUUUGGUUCCCAUCUCGCUUUACAUCUCGCUCGAAAUUGUUCGCACCAUCCAGGCCGUCUUCAUCCACAGUGAUCUGUACAUGUACUACGAGAGGCUGGGUCUCUAUUGUGUUCCUAAGUCGUGGAACAUUUCAGAUGACGUUGGACAAGUUGAGUAUAUCUUUUCCGACAAAACUGGUACCCUGACGCAAAACGUCAUGGAGUUCAAGAAAUGCACGAUCAAUGGCGUGUCCUAUGGUGAAGCCUACACGGAAGCACAGAUUGGAAUGCGGCGUCGCGAAGGCGUUGAUGCCGAUGCAGAGGCCACUCAAGUCCGAGCCCAAAUCGCCGCCAAUGCCGUGAAAAUGCUGGAGGGUUUGCGUCUUAUACACGAUAACCCAUACCUGAAGGAUGAGAACUUGACUUUCAUCGCUCCAAACUAUGUUACCGAUAUGAACGGACAGUCUGGCGAAGAACAGAAGAAAGCCGCGGAACAUUUCAUGCUCGCUCUAGCUGUUUGUCAUACCGUUAUCACGGAGCACACCCCCGGUGAUCCCCCGCAAAUCGAAUUCAAGGCCCAAUCGCCCGAUGAGGCGGCUCUUGUCAGCACCGCCCGUGACUGUGGCUUCACAGUUCUCGGUCGCGCGGGUGACGACCUGCUCUUGAACAUCAUGGGCGAAGAGCGUACCUACACUGUCUUGAACACCCUUGAAUUCAACUCAUCUCGAAAGCGUAUGAGUGCCAUCAUUCGCAUGCCCGAUGGUACCAUUCGUCUUUUCUGCAAGGGUGCUGAUAGUAUCAUCUACUCCCGCCUGGCACGCGGUAAGCAGCAAGAUCUCCGACGCAAGACUGCCGAGCACCUGGAAGAAUACGCCAAGGAAGGUCUUCGAACUCUGUGUAUUGCCGACCGACUCCUUAGCGAGGAAGAAUAUCAGGCUUGGAACAAAGAACACGACGUCGCUGCUGCCGCCAUUGAGAUGCGCGAGGAAAAGCUGGAGAAGGUCUCGAGCCAAAUCGAACAGGAGCUCAUGCUUCUCGGUGGAACUGCUAUCGAGGAUCGUCUUCAGGAUGGUGUUCCAGAUACAAUCCAACUCCUUGCGGAUGCUGGUAUCAAGUUGUGGGUUCUUACUGGCGACAAGGUCGAGACUGCUAUCAACAUUGGUUUCUCCUGCAAUCUGCUGAACAACGACAUGGAGCUUAUCGUCCUCAACGUUGCCGAAGGCCAGUUUGAUCAGGCAUCCGCGGAUCUCGAUAAGCACCUUCAAACAUUCGGAUUGACUGGCUCGGACGAGGAACUUAUCGCUGCGCGUGCAGACCACACUCCCCUGAAGCUACUCAUGCCCGAUGAACUGAAGCAGAAGUUCCUCUUGCUUUGCAAGCAGUGCAAGGCAGUUCUUUGCUGUCGUGUCAGUCCUUCCCAGAAGGCUGCUGUUGUUAAUAUGGUCCGCCAUGGUCUGGACAUCAUGGCUCUUUCAAUCGGGGAUGGUGCCAACGAUGUGGCCAUGAUUCAAGAAGCCGAUGUUGGUGUUGGUAUCGCCGGUGAGGAAGGCCGACAGGCUGUCAUGUCCUCUGACUACGCCAUUGGACAAUUCCGAUUCCUCCAACGUCUGCUUCUUGUUCAUGGAAGAUGGUCCUACCGCCGUUUAGGAGAGUGCACUGCCAACUUCUUCUACAAAAAUUUGGUUUGGACAUUUGCUCUCUUCUGGUACUGUGUAUACAACGACUUCGAUGGCUCCUAUCUCUUCGACUAUACCUAUAUCGUUCUCGUCAACUUGGCGUUCACUUCUCUGCCAGUUAUCUUUAUGGGUAUCUUCGACCAGGAUGUUGAUGACAAGAUCUCUCUUGCAGUGCCUCAGCUUUACAUGCGUGGUAUCGAGCGCAAGGAAUGGUCGCAGCUCAAGUUCUGGUUGUACAUGGCCGAUGGCCUGUACCAGUCUGUUAUUUGUUUCUUCAUGCCAUACCAACUCUACCAAGCAGCCAACUUUGCCACUGAGAGCGGUCGCGACAUCGCUGACCGUACCCGCAUGGGUGUUCUGAUUGCCUCCUGUGCUGUUCUUGCAAGCAACAUCUAUGUCAUGAUGAAUACAUACCGCUGGGAUUGGUUCACCGUUCUGAUCAACGCCAUCAGUUGUCUGCUGAUCUUCUUCUGGACUGGUAUCUACUCAUGCUUCACCGCGUCCGGUCAAUUCUACAAUUCGGCCUACGAAGUUUACGGUUCCCUCAGCUUCUGGGUCGUCUUGCUCAUUACAACCAUGAUCUCCUUGUUGCCGCGUUUCACCUACAAUGCCGUCCAGAAAGUCUUCUUCCCUCUCGACGUUGACAUUAUUCGCGAACAGGUUACACUCGGCAAGUUCAAGUAUCUAGACGAUGUUGAUGAUCUUUCCCCAAAAGGGGGAGCCGGGAUUGCCGUCUCGACUGACGAGUCGGCGGCCUCUUCAGAGCUGGCCAAGCCGAUUCAGCCGCAAUUGAAGCAGGAUCCCGGCAUUCCCGAUGAUGAGCGGCCUUUCUAUCCACCAGCGACCGUCCACCAGAACGGCCACAAUCCACGCAGUCAAAACGGAAGCAAUGGGACCAACUAUACCGCGAGCCUUGACCAAUAUCCCCGACAACAAUCCGUGGACUAUGUUCGGCGAUCUCACGACAGGACACGGCAUUCAUUCGAACGCGUGAGGCAAAGUUUCGAGCAAAGCAAUGAUUUCACCUCCGCCGCCAUGCUUCAGAGGAUGGAAUCUAGUCACGGGAACGAGACUGUUCAAGAUCCGUUCCGGGCCCCUGGCGAGCCCCCUGCACAUAAUGUGAUUUGA